GAGAGCGCUCCUGAGGAUCAACCUCCUGUAUUAUGGUCCGGCCCCUGGGAGGCCCAUGGAGCUUUUAAGGAAAUACUUCUGGGCGCUGGUGAUAUUCGGGAUGAUUUUUGUGAGCUGCAUGAUCAGCCUCAUCUUCCUUCUCAUCAACAAGUGCAUAUCCAGGCAAGAAAAACACAGAAUCUCACUGCUUCAGAGAGAAUCUCUCUUCAGUGUCAAGAGCAACGAAUACCAGGAGAGAGACCUUGAGGCCAACAUCCCUCCUCUACCUCCUCGGACACAGUUUCUCACAGCAGAGGCCCAAAGCUAUGAAAACCUGGCUGAGGUACCUGAACACCAACAGAGCAUUGAUGACUAUGAACAGAACACCGACGAUUAUGAACAGAACAUUGAUGACUACGAGGAGGCCCUACCUGAAUACGAGGAGGCCCUACCCGAAUACGAGGAGGCCCUACCCGAAUACGAGCAGGCCCUACCCGAAUACGAGGAGGCCCUACCUGAAUACGAGCAGGCCCUACCCGAAUACGAGGAGGCCCUACCCGAAUACGAGGAGGCCCUGGAUGAUCAGCCCGACUAUGUAAAGGUGGAGGAUGAGAAGCAGAUCCUCCCUCCUCUUCUACCGUACCAGGAUCCAGAUCCAGCAGAGGACAACGCUUCCACAGAGGACUACGACGACAUCGGAGACGAAAACCAGGGUGAAGAGGAUUACGACGAUGUGGGAUAAAACCACAACAGACCAGGAGAGAGAUUAACCCGAAUGACACUCUUGACUUUCUCAUCUGGAUCCUGCUGAGCAGAGAGAUCAGAACGACUUUGCCUUACCAUAGAAAUUUUUUUUUUUUCUAUUGAUCAUUUCUAUUUUUUAAGAUUAUUCAUGAACGAGGAAAUGACAGAUGAAAUUAUCUGUAUUUCAUUUGCACCAUCUUAGCGAGGAAAGCACAAAGAACGGUUCUGAAGCAGCUGAAACCUGCUCAAAGUGUAGGUGGUAUUCAGACAGCCGGUUUGAUCUUUAAGAGGUUUGAUUCUACUCGUGUUAUCUUCAGUCAACUUAUUUUAUGUGUCAACAUAAAAUAACAGCCUGUUUAUGGUUAUUUAACCAGCUGUACUUGACAGUCAACUAGCAGAU